CUGCACAUCUCUUUACAUUAUGCCAUUGUUGCCAAAUUUCAGGUGAUGAAAAGAAAGACGACUCUGGCACAGAAACUCAAGUGGGUGACAACCAUGAAGAUGAUGAUGUGGUGUAUUACGACAAGAACAAAUCCUUCUUUGACAACAUCAGUUGCGAGGCCAUUGAACGAAGCAAAGGGGUUCAGAGGAUAGACUGGCGGCAGGAACGCAAGCUGAACCAUGAAACAUUUGGCAUCUCUGCGAACAACUGGAUGAGGCGCAAUGCAUGGCGGGGUCGAGGGGGAGGUUUCUGGCGUGGAGGGCAGCGAGGUGGCCAGCGUGGAGGUCGAGGUGGAGGAAAUCGUGGGGGAGCCAGACCACGCAAUGGAGGUGUGCCACGGGAUGGUUGGUCGUCAGUUCCUCGGGCAGAUGCAAGCAGCAGUGUGGACACCACGUGGCCAUAGUCUGCCCUGUUUUCCCAUUGCCUUGCACUGAGACCACUGUACAUACCCAGCCACAGGGGCUGGAAGCAGAGCAUCACUUCAGACAUGGGAUACAGGGGCACUUACGGCAAGGGCAUCUGGCCAUUUAAAUGAGCAAAGGAUAGCUUCAUUACCUUUUAGUGCACCAUGGGAUUUGUGCAGGGUACCUGAAUUUUUUUUGGUAGUAAGAGUACCUCCUGCUUUACUGUGUGCACUUUUCUUUUGUUGAAACAAAAUUUAUGCUGAGACCUACUCAAGUUCAGCCUUAAAUUGCCUUUCUGUUCAUAUGUGGAGCCUAACAUAGCCCAUGCAUUACUUUGUAAUAUUAAAAAUUCUCCUGUGUCUCUGCAAGCCACGCACAGCUGGAUCUUAUUUAUUUUGUACUGUUCAAGGGACUCCGUCAAGGAACGUGUGUUGCCUUGACUGCUUUCUUUAUGGCCAUAUCACGCAAGUUUUUUCAUGUAGCCCCCGUCUUGCCUGCUGCCCCUUCAUUAAAAUCUGAGGGGGUGAUAUGGUCAAUAAAAAUAAAACGUUCUUCGUA